AUGUUAAAAGAUCAUGUCAAAGCGACGAUCGAUAAAAUAGAGAACAUUGAGGUUCCACAAUUGCGAUCAUGCCGUACCCAGCACAGAGCUGAGCAAGAACGUGUGGAACAGUCAUGGAGAGAGUUUGGCUAUUUGAGAGAAGACGUAGUUCAAUCCAUGGAACAAACACAAAGCGAAGGACAGCAUUAUCUGAGUAUCGUCUACAUCUGGUGGCGCGCCCGUGUUCAAAAUUUCCUCCCAUCUGACGAUCUACAAGACAAGUUCAUUGAGAUUUGUGAUGAACUUUAUCUAAUCAGUUUUGUUCCUCCACGAAUUUUAAGACUCCCAAGUUUUCUGGGAUUUCAACCAAUUCCCAUGGAAAAAACAGAACGUUCCCAACUCUCCCAGAUUAUCCGAAAAUUCAAAACUGACUUCAACGAGGAAAUUAACGCAAUUUUUGCAAACGUCAAUCACGUUCUUGCUACUGAUUAUAUAAAUAAAGUCAAACGGUUCCGUGAAGACGUAAAUGAGAUUAUAGAAAAAAAAUGA